UUGCAUCUACUGAGCAACAGGCAAGUCAAGGCGCGGUACUCCAAGAAAUCACUUUCCAACUAGUCUGUUUGUAGCAGUUUUCUUUGAUACCUAUAGAGCGUAAUUAUAUCUGGCUGAAGUUUACGCAACCUUAUGCAAAACGACUGACGAACUAUAAUUUCAUACUUACGGAGAAAAGGUACAAGCGAAAGUUAGGCAUCAUCGUGUCAAAAAACCCAAGCUUCAGUGAAAGGAUACGAUCGACUUCCUGAAGUUAAAGGGAUCAAGCUCCUGUUGCCAUGGAUAUCCAGCCACCAGGCCAGCAGGCAGCAGUUCAAGUCUUCCAGCCACAGAAGCCUCUCCAACCAGACAUGGGAUACAGUUCUUUAGCCAAUUACCGAAUUAUGAAGAAGAUUGGGAGAGGACAGUUCAGUGAGGUGUACAAUGCCGUGUACCUGCUGGACAACACAUCCGUAGCUUUGAAAAAAGUUCAGAUAUUUGACUUGAUGGACGACAAAGCUCGGCAAGAUUGCAUCAAAGAAAUAGAUCUCCUAAAGCAAUUGAACCACCCCAAUGUAAUUAAGUAUCAUGCCUCCUUCAUCGAAGGAAAUGAGCUAAAUAUAGUACUGGAGCUGGCAGAUGCAGGGGAUCUCUCACGGAUGAUUAAGCACUUCAAGAAGCAGAGGCGUCUGAUCCCAGAGCGGACGGUGUGGAAGUACUUCGUUCAGCUGUGCAGCGCUCUGGAACACAUGCACAUGCGGCGCGUCAUGCACAGAGAUAUAAAGCCAGCAAACGUGUUCAUUACUGCCACAGGGGUGGUGAAACUGGGAGACCUGGGACUGGGGCGAUUCUUCAGCUCCAAAACCACGGCAGCUCACUCUCUAGUGGGCACCCCUUACUACAUGUCGCCCGAGAGGAUUCACGAGAACGGGUACAACUUCAAAUCGGACAUCUGGUCGCUCGGCUGCCUGCUCUACGAGAUGGCUGCCCUUCAAAGCCCCUUCUACGGGGACAAGAUGAGCCUGUAUUCGCUGUGUAAGAAGAUCGAGCAGUGCGACUACCCCCCUCUGCCGUCCGACCACUACUCCGAAGAGCUGAGAAAGCUGGUAGAUAUGUGCAUCAGCCCCGAUCCCGAGAAGAGGCCCGACAUCACCUACGUGUACGGCAUCGCCAAGCAGAUGCAGGCCGUAACGCUGGGAUGCUAAGCCCAACCAAACGACCGAAACCGCCUUCUCUCCCCUCCUCCUGCACAAUACGCACUUCUCCCGAAGAAGGGCUCCACAGUACCUAAGUGCACUCUGUAAUAUAGCACUUCAGCUGCACUUUGGCGUUCUGUACCUUUAGACCAAUAGACCCCUUUUGACUCUUUGGGCAAUUCCACACUAACUGACAUUACAACUGCUGGAUAUUUGGGUGUAGCCCAAUACAGCUACAUAAUAGAGACUAAUAAAAGCUAUUUCCUCCUGAGGGUUAUAACAGCGUAUGCCAGUUUCUUAUAUAGCUGUAUUUCGCUUUACCACUCAAAUACCCUUCUGACACAAGUUCAACUGGUCCAUUGGUUGUACGCAGCAGGUUUGGAAUGACAUCAGACAGGACCCAAAAUGUCUCAUCAUUGCUCUGAAUCAAUACCAUGAUAUUUUUUUUGGGAUUUUAAUGUUUGUCAUUUUUUUGGCUUACAAACUUAGCUUAUAUUGUCUAGAUAUCUAAAAUAGUGUAGGCGCAUAAUGACAGAGAAGACGCCAAUAUUGAGAAGCACAAUUGCAUGACAUUCAAAAAGACUUCUUAAUCAAGACCUUGAUUGACUAGAUGACUUGAUUUUUCUCUUGUUACUAAAGAGUUUUAAGGCCAGUUUAUGUAAUUUAAAAGGGGGAGAAAUAUAACUUUUUGCUCCACAUACAGAGUUACAAAGUUAAUGUUUUUUUCAUAUAACAUGAAAUCACAGUAAAUGUUCCAUCCUAACAGGCUGCUAGAAUUGAUAUAUACAGUAAAACAUUCUUAGAAUACCCAUGAAUAAUGUUACAAUUACAUUUUUAUCCUUUAUUUAAACCAGAAAAUUGAGGUUUAUUCCGAUAGGAAAAUGAACAUUUUUAGACCAUGAUACAAUUUGUAUUCCCAUCUAGGUUUCACAACAUAAUAUCUGUCAAUAGUGCAAUGUGUUUAACACAAAUGAAUUAUGUUGAAUGAAGAAAAUGUUCUCUUAUUUAUUGAACAUUAGAAAUUAAAUUUCAUUUAAAAUCACUGCCUGUUAUCAACACAUUUUAUAAACCAAAAAAUACAGUUUAUUUUACAGUGACAAGACAAAGAUUUAGGUAGCCAUACAUAUAGUAUGUUCUGUUUUGUAAACAUUUCCUGAAUCAACGCCUAGGCCCUCAUCACUGUUUAAUAUACACAAUCAGUAAAGGUAUAUACUAAUAAAGGAAAUGUAUGCUACAGGGACACCUAUCCCCAAUGAACUGCUUUGCAAAAUUCAUUACAGUCACAUUUUGCCACUUUUUGUGCAAACAUUUCACUUAUUUUCUGCUUUGGAAAUUGGCUAUUGCUGGGCUUGGCCAGGUGUGUUAAGCUGCUAACAGGCUGUGCUAUCUGUGCUGUGCUUAUUUCUGUAGUUUUUCAUUAAUUUUUUAACAAUGCUUGCAUUUAACUUGUUUGUACCGUUUUCUUAGAAGAAGUCCAGGAGCGACUUGACUUUUUCUGGGCGUGUGUAGAUUGCGUCCCAAAAACAGUACUGUUUUUGUAUGUGGCAUUCAGGUACAGUCCUUUUUUUCGUUACAGAAUUGUUUUUAUUAUUUUGCAUGUUUAUUGUUUUGUGAUUAGCCAAUUGAGAGAAAAAAGAAAAAAAAGUUGAAGCUUGCAUGUAAUUCUUUAGACGUCAAGCAACAUUUGCCUCCCACAGUAGGGUAUAAAAUCCUGAAACAAUUGGGAAGAAAAAUACUAUGAAAUAGUAAAACAAAUCAUUUUAAAAGUCCUGCUGGUUUGUUGCAUACGAGAAGUUGGACUGUACUGAACUGAAAUUCCUUUCAGUUUACACUAUAGUGCUACAGUGUGACUGGGUGAUGAGAGAAUGUGGGGAUGUUUGCACAACACAGAGUAUUUGUGUGGACGGCAUGGCUGUCUGUCAAACUCAUGAAAGUUGUGAGCUUCUUACUGUAACGGCAGAAUUAAGGGAAGGUCACGUUCUGUUUUAAUACAACGAUGCUCAUGGAGUCAUUACCCCAUGACCAGUGCUCACGAAUACAAACUGCUCCACGUACAGGUCAUAAUGAUUGGCUCAGGGGCUUCACUUUGGUUGUUGACUCUGGAAUCAGUAUCUCUGAUUUCAACUGAAAAAGCUUUUUACCAAAUAAUAAUUAGCUAUUGGGGGGUUGAGCCUUCAGAUGGAAGAAAAUAAAAACAGGGUUUACUUUUUUUAUUAUUAUUCAGAAAUGUAUGGUUUUUUUCCCACGUUAAUAUUAUUACUUGUUUUCGGCAUAUCGCUCUGGGGCCAGCUCCCAAAGAUGUUCAUUAUUUUUAGCAUGCAGUAUUGAUGCGGGCGGACUAACAUGGAGUACGCACAUUGUCUGGAACAGGAAUAAAAACACAAGACACAUGGGUUUAGGCCCCUUGUGAAAUCUGUGUAGUUUUAAUGGCGAAGAGAAGAUCCAGUGAUCCAGAAAGGUAUUUACAUGCACUUUUUUUAAUAAGUAUAUUUGGAUAUGGUACUGGAGCUGAACUGGUGUUCCGUUAAAUUGACCGUGAGACGUAGCGCAUGUGAAGAGGAGGGCUUAAUGGCUUUUUUUUUCUCUUAAGUGCACUGAUAUUAAGUUAUAUCUGAAAAUAACUGAACAGGUAUGUCAAAUACAUCAUUUAGCGAGCACUGUCUCUUUGCACACAUACAGUAUGACCAGGGUAGUAGAUACAAGUGCUCUUAAAUUAUGUAUCAAAUAAUAUUUCCCAAGUACUGCGAAGUUGAUUCAAGAUUUUUGUUUUAUUUCUUUUUAAAUGGAGAUAUAGCCACAGAAAUUGGAGCUCAGACUCUACUACCUACUGUCAAACAGUCAGUUGCAGUAGCUGAAGGUCAAUGGUUCUACGUCAGGAGCUCUUGUCAUAAAGUCGAUGGAAAGCGCUCAUAAUUGCAGAAACAGCGACCGCCCACUGUUGAUGAGCAUGUCAGGCUUGGUACAAAGCCUUUGCGUGUCUUGUGUGAGAGAGACCAAAACACGGAUGAGUUACUCCAGUGUUACGUGGUCCAAUGGUGCUGUACCAUUUUUGACAAAAGGGGAAAAAGCUUAAGAUCUAGUUUUAAGAGUUACAAAUCUGACAAAAAUGAAUAGAAUAUGAGUCACUCUGUUAGGGUUAAAAGUACUCUAUCACAGCGCAUUAUACUGUGUAAGCCUUGAGCUUUUUACUGUGUAAUGGGGAGGUGACGCAUUUUCUUAUUGAAAUUUUCUACUUUGAUAAAGUCAUUGAUUUCUUUAUAGUUUCUGUGAGUCUGGUUUCUGAAUUCUGUAGCACUCACGGUUAUUGUGCUUUUGGAGUGCAGCUUUAGUUUUUGGCUUGUCUAGCACCGCAAGGCUAUUCUUUAUCUAUUAAAUGUACCUAGUUCCCGGCAGUGUACCAGCAAGCUUCAUCACAGAUUUAUUUACUUCUGAAUUCAUGCUCCUGCCAGCAGAACAGUUUCCACAAUCUGCCAUCAUCUGCAUAGGAUGCGUUUCCUAGCAUUGAUAGUGAGACUGUUAUUGUAUUUAUUACAGGGAGACAAGAUGGUAACUGUCACUGAAGAACAGUGUGUUAAGAUUUUGUAAAAAUUAUUAUUAAAGAAUGUAGUAUGUUUUUAUAACCAUAAAAAAUGCUUUUAUUUGUUGACAUUUGUUUGUUGUUGUUUUUUUCUUUUUCUAUCUUUUUUUAAAGGGGAGGGUGUGUACAAUAAUUGCUUAAAAUGGGGGCAAUUUAUUGACCAGCCAAAAUAAAUUGUUUAAAAACCUUUGACACCAGCAUCCAUAGAUAUUCUCUUGUUUACAUAUGUAGGGGUUCUGUGAAUAACUACACUACAACUGAUCACUCCAUUCACGCAACUCCUUUUGUGUGUCUCAUGUCAUCUUUGGGUCUCCAGAUUUAUCAAAAUAAAGGUAACUAUUUAUUUUUUAUUGUUACUUGGUUUUUGUAAGACUUGAUGCUUAUUUUCCUCGCAGAAUUUGUGAUGUAUACAAGUAGGCCAACAGAAUGCAAUAAAUCAUUUGAAAUA